GUGGUAGUAUGCACUUAUUUCCCCUAUAAAAAUAAGCCAAUCAUUUCAUACUUAAAUCAUUCAAUUCCAUUUACAUCAAUUAAUCAUACAUCCAAAACCAAAGAAAAGCAAAAAAAACUAUUGUGAAUUUAGUUAUUCCUUGCAAUGAAUAACAAACUUCUCUUUGCCACUUCCUUUCUAGCAUUCAUAAUCUUCCACACAAACUUAAUCUUCUCCUCGGCGACUUCAGCGCCACCGGCGGUGCGUGAUGUCCGUGGGAGGGAGCUCCGGGGAGGCAUCGGAUAUGCCAUAACUUACACGAUAUUGCCGGCCAUUACUUCUAGCCCGGACCUCGCCGGCGUCUUUUUAUCAAAAGAUUGCCCUCCUCAGGUCAUCCAAGAUAACGUUCAAGAAAGCGCGGAAUUCAAAAAUGGAACACCACUUCUUAUUACUGGAUUGGACUUGAAAAAGAGCAUCAUUCGGACUUCUUCCGAUGUCAACAUCCGAUUCUUUGGCGACAACAAUUGUUCUUCUUCACUAGUAUGGAAGCUUCAAGACAUGGAUCCCUUGACUGGAAACUAUUAUGUGGGUGUUGGAGGAGUUAUAGGGAAUCCUGGUCCUCAAACUGUGAACAAUUGGUUCAAGAUUGAGAAGACUAAAGUUGGGUACAAGCUUAGAUUCUGUCCUUCAGUUUGCAAAACUUGCAAAGUCAUGUGUAAGGACAUUGGCAUUGUUAAGGAUCAGAAUGGGAAGAGGCGUUUGGCUCUAAGUGAUAUUCCUUUUGAGGUUAUAUUUGGUUAGAUGCAUGUUUUUUUUUUCCACGUUGUUGCGUGCACAACAUGUACGAUUGUGCUUAAGUUAAGUUUUGUUUAGUGUAAGACAAAAUGUUGUCAAGUGUACGUUUUCAUGUUAGUCCCUCAUAUUAUUCAAAGAAAAUAAUGUCAAGCGCUAUGGUUUUUGUUUUGUUUUUU